AUGUUUUCAGUGGACAGGUUCAGAGAUGUCAACGAGACUGCUGCAGCUGAGGAAAUAUGUGACGAUGCUACAAGAGCUGCCGUCGAGUGCAAGGCAGAGAUCGACCGUCAGAGCAGAAUGCUGGAUAUCGUCUGGAACCCUUACAUCCUAUUACACAGAAUAGCGCUGAACGGACAGGAUGUAGAGAUAGAGCCCUGCGUCGGACAACUAACACCCUACCUGCCCAUUCCCCCUGAUUUCCUGAUUAUUAACACCUGCCUGUACAACGCCCCACAGCAACAUGUGUGUAAGGAGGAGAAGACUGUGGCUGAGCAGGAGCUCUGUCACCAGGAGAGGAAGUCCAGUCUGGCCCAGGGGGAGCCAGAGCCUCCACAGAUUAAAGAGGAGCAAGAGGGAGAGCAGUUCAUAAAGGAGGAGACUGACACAUGGAUGUUGACUCUUACUAAGGAGGAAAGUACAAAGUCGUACACCUGUGGUACCUGUGGGAAGUCAUUUAUCCAUAAAUGUCAUUUGGAUAGACACUUCAACAUCCAUACAGGUGAAAAACCACAUAGCUGCACAGAAUGCAACAAAUCUUUUAGACGAAAAGAUAGAUUGACAGUCCACAUGAGAUCACACACAGGUGAGAAGCCUUUCUCCUGCACCACCUGUGGAAAAAACUUCAGGGAUAUUUCAAAUUUUAAAAAUCACAUUCGUACUCACACAGGUACAAAGCUGUACACCUGUGAUACCUGUGGGACAUCAUUCACCGAGAAAGGUAGAUUGGAUAGUCACUUAAAGAUCCAUACAGGUGAGAAGCCUUUCUCCUGCAGCAUCUGUGGAAAAAGAUUCAGGUGUAAAUCAAUAUUGAAUAAUCACAUUCUUACUCACACAGGUACAAAACCAUACACCUGUGGUACCUGUGGGAAUUCAUUCACCAAGAAAGGUAGUUUGGUUAGGCACUUAACCAUCCAUACAGGUGAAAAACCACAUACCUGCACAAUGUGCAACAAAUCUUUUAGACAGAAAGAUAAAUUGACUUUCCAUAUGAGAUCACACACAGGUGAGAAACCUUUCUCCUGCAGCACCUGUGGAAAAAGAUACAGGGAUAUUUCAAGUUUUAAAAGUCACAUUCUUACUCACACAGGUGCAAAGCCGCACACCUGUGAUACCUGUGGGAAGUCAUUCACCAAGAAAGGUAGUUUGGAUAGGCACUCAAAGAUCCAUACAGGUGAAAAACCACAUACCUGCACUAUGUGCAACAAAUCUUUCAGACAUAAAAGUACCUUGACAGACCACAUGAGAACACACACAGGUGAGAAGCCUUUCUCCUGCAGCGCCUGUGGAAAAAGAUUCAGGCAUAAAUCUAAUAUGAAUGAUCACAUUCUUACUCACACAGGUAUAAAGCCAUACACCUGUGGUACAUGUGGGAAGUCAUUCACCAAGAAACGUCCUUUGGAUCGGCACUUUAAAGUCCAUACAGACAAUAAUGCUUAA